GCUGAGAAGAAUCAAUGAGUAACUGGCCACCUGUGGGUCAUGUGAACGCGAUGCGGAGCCGCUGAUUUAUUGGUAUUCUUAAAGCGUCUUACACGAGCGCAUAAAAUAAGUGAGGGAAAAGGCGCGCGCGCGAGCUCAAUGAUGUGAUGGACGUCCGUACGCGCGCAUUCUUCAGUUUACGCGAAUGUAACUGGUGGCGAGGCUGACGACUUCUGUGGUGAAGCUUAUUUGGGGGGUUUAAAUACAAAGGUGAUUCCUCAAGCGCGCAAUUUACUCAUUAAACGCCGCGCUUUCCAGUUGAUGCUGCGGAUUUCGAUGGCAACAUCACAUUGAGGUGCAUUGCGAGCACGCUGGUUGUCUUCUCCCUCAGCUGUGCUUUAGAAAACACGCGCGAAUGAUGAUAAUAAUGUAACAGUUGGAGGAUGUCGGGUUACUUUUCUUCGGAAAUUGGAGUCGCCCUUUUGGAUUAACUCGAUAUGAUUCAGCUAGUCACUUUUAUGAGCCUCGGUCUGUGUUUGUUUGGAUGCCACAUCUGCUUUGCAGGGGCGAACCGCCCUGCUGCUCCUGUCAAUGUCUCUGUUACUCACCUGCGGGCCGAUUCGGCCACGGUGUCCUGGAAUAUUCCGGAGGGAGAGACCGUAAUUGGCUUUGCCAUCUCUCAGCAGCGUCAGGAUGGGCUGAUGCAACGUUUUAUUCGUGAGGUCAACACGACCAGUCGUGCUUGUAUACUGUGGGAUUUGGAUGAAGACACAGAUUAUAUAAUCCAGGUCCAGUCUGUGGGACUCUAUGGAGAGAGUCUGGCCAGCAAAAAAAUUCACUUCAGGACGCUUAAAAAGUCUGAACAUUUUCAAUCCACCAUGAUGGAUCAAGAUGACCCUGCCGUUGAGGGUUUAGACAUUGCCAGACAUCUUCAAACUGGAGAGAUACUCAUCAUCAUGACUGUACUACUAAUGUGGGCAGCUGUGAUUGUGCUCUUCUGUAAGCAGUACGAUAUUAUCAAAGACAACGACUCCAACAACCACAGUAAAGAGAAGAGCAAGCCGCUGUCUGGACAGAGCACUCCAGAGUACCACAAUGGAGGACUCCUGGGCAGCAAGUUUCAGAGGACGUCAUCAUCCGUCAGCAUCAUCAAGGUUUAACCACCAUCACCAUCAUUAUCAUGAUGAGCCUGGUCUGAGAUCAGUCCAUCAGGGAUAUCAGCAGAUAUUCAAGACAAGCGUUAAAGGCAAUAUUACCAUGAACCUCUCAGUUCCUGAUCAGGAACCAGUGACGGCUGUUCAUUAGUACUGUAUACUCCAAUAAACUAAAAUAACGUCCCGGACGAUGAACAAAACCCCUGUAGCAUCACUCAAAUAAUCUAUCAGGAGGAGCUUUCGGUGCUAUGAAUAUGAUUGUGGAGUUGUGUCAAUUAAGAUCAAUAUUUAAAACGACUGCAAAUCUGCCAUUUCUCAUCAAUGCGUGUAAAUGAUGACAAUAAAUUCAUUGUUAGCUACAGAAUUGGCUGGAUGCCAUGAGUUAUUCCUUUAUAAUCACAGUGAACUGUACAUUAGUGGCUUGUUUUAUUUUUUGUGUAUUACCACUGUUAUUAAAUGCUUCAUAAUUGUGUAGUUGAACACUUGUGAGAUCCAGUGCAAGAGUGUUUACGUUCAUAAAAGCUGUUUUUUUUAUUUGGAGCUUGUAAAUUCAGUUAUUAGAUCACGUGUCUGUCCUGAUAUUGUAAUGUGCACAUUAUUGCAUAUUUUAUUGAUAGUAUUUUGUUCUCAGCGUGAGACGUUUGGGUUUUGUUAUAUACUGUAAAUGAUCUACAUGUACAGUAGCUGUAGUUUUGGACUAUAGAUGAGGAAUGUAGUUUUAAAAACUGUGAAGGCUAGAAGUCAAGUUUAUUAUUAUUAAUAUUCUUAUUCUC